UUUAGCUUCCUCAUCCCAUUUUCCAUUUGUAGUAUUCGCAGAAAUAGAAACUCUUCACUUUGCUCUCUCUCUCUCUCUCUCUCUCUCUCUAAGCUCUUGAUUUCAGUGUUUUGAAGUGGGUGACAGUUUGAAUGGUGUUCAAUCACUGAAAGUUGGGAAGAAGAGGUGGUCUGAUUGAUCAAAUCUCAGUCUUUGGAUUUUGUGUUUAAUUUCGGUUAAUUAACUGUUUCUUGGCUGAAGAUUUGCUGGGUUGAAGCUGAUAUUUGAAGCUGAAAACGGUGUUUUUGAGUUCAAGUGAGAGCUGAAUUCGAUUCGUGUUCUCGCUUUGAAUCUACGAAACGAAGUUUGGUGAGUUGUUUGGAGUUGAAAUUGGUGAGAUUUGAGCUAUGUAUGGUGUUGGAGGCUCACAGGCAAUUUCCAGUGACUCGAAUCUCUUGUUUUCGUCUACUUUAAAGCAUUCAGAUGGAGAAUUCGACAAGAACAGAGAGUUCGUGAAUUCAGAUCUAUAUCAUCAUCAUCAAAAUCAAAAUCAAAAUCAUCAACAGAAUCAGCAGAGCUCUGGUCUCAUGCGGUACCGUUCAGCGCCGAGCUCGUUCCUGGCAAGCCUCGUCGAUGGCGGUGGUGCCGAGGAUUUUGUGAAUCCUCAUCAAUCACCGGUUCCUGAAUCGGAAUCCAUGUUUUUGAGGUUCAUGUCCUCCAAUGGCGCCGUUGAUUCUACGCCACAGGAUCUACAAUAUCCGACGGUUAUUAUUAAGAACGAGGUACCAGAACAUGUAAACCAGUAUUCCACUACUUCAACACAGAUGAUUUACCAAACAUCCCCAGAUCAUCAUCAUCAGAAUAGUGAUUCGUUGUGUAGUCAGACGAAUCUAGAUGGAUUGUAUAAGGUUGGAAAUGGUGGUACAGUUAUGGAGAAUCAAGUGCAGGGAAAGAUUAGCAGCGCCAAUUGCUCGAAUCUUAUCAGACAGAGCAGCUCUCCGGCGGAGCUUUUCUCUAACCUGAGCGUUGAAAAUGGGUUUGCUGUUAUGAGAGAUGUUGGAAAUUUUAGAGUGAGUAAUGGAACCAAUGGAAAAGCCAGUCCAACUAAGAGGUUGAAUUACAAUAUAAACUUCUCAUCUGGGCCGUCUUCGUGCUCGAGAUUCAUGCCUCAGAUUGCUGAAAAUGGAAAUGAAAGCAGUAGUAGUCCAGAGAAUGGGCAGUUGGGGAAUGGUAAUAGCAGUAAUGGAUUUUAUGUACCCAGCUUUCAAAAUGUUCCUUGGAAUGAGUCUGGUUUCACUGGCCUGAAGAGGAAAAGAGACGGUGAAGAGAACUUCUCUGGUUUCAAUGCAUUGGAAAGUCAGGAUGGGGACUCUAGAAUUUACACUACUGGUUUGACUCACCAUUUGAGCUUGCCAAAAACUUCCGCUGAGAUGGCCGCCGUAGAAAAGUUCCUGCAAUUCCAACAAGAUUCUGUCCCUUGUAAGAUCAGGGCCAAAAGAGGUUGCGCCACACACCCACGAAGCAUUGCAGAGAGGAUGAGAAGAACACGAAUUAGCGAAAGAAUGAGAAAACUGCAAGAGCUUUUCCCAAACAUGGACAAGCAAACAAACACGGCAGAUAUGUUAGAUUUGGCAGUUGAGUACAUUAAAGAUCUUCAGAAACAAGUCAAGACACUCACGGGCACUCGGGCAAAAUGCACGUGUUCAAGUAAGCAGAAACAACUUUCAAAUUCCACUGUGUGACUUGCUUGUGUACAGAUAAAAAGGGAAAGAUGGAAAGGAAAAAGACAGCAAAGCUAACUAAUCCUUUGCAGUCCAUUGAUAAAUGAUAUGUGGGACUGAAACAGAAAGCUUGUGUUAUCUUUUUAUCGAACAACCCAGAUCAAGUAGAUUAACCAUCCCACCUAUAAUUCUACUUGUAUAGCAAUAAUAUGUAGCCCAUGCUUAGAUUGUACCUUAUUUUAUGGAAUUUUGAAUGCUUAGUUGAGAGGUUCAACCAACUUGAAAUGAUACUUGCCAAGAGAGAGCCUAGUGUAGAUGUUGUGCUGAUUGUAAAAAUAUGAGUUAGCUAGAAACUUGAGAUGGGAUAAGAUGAUUACUUUUGUGAAUUAUAUCGCGCUAGUAUUGUGCCAAUAUAUGGCUGUACCGAAGAA